UUCGCCCAAAACACGGAGGAGAUACAACAUGCCUUCAUGUUCUCGAUGGGCCAACAAUCUGGGCCGAAUCGAACUCGGCUAGACUUCCAGCUGUACGUCGACAUAAUUAACACGGCGGAUGCCUUCAAACUCUCCAGGCUCAUUUGUAACCAGUUCGCGCGUGGAGUGAUUGCUAUGGUGGGUGCGGUGACGCCGGAAUCCUUCGACACGCUACACUCCUACGCCAACACUUUCCAGAUGCCGUUCAUGACGCCAUGGUUCCCGGAGAAGGUGAUUCCACCAUCUUCAGGACUUAUUGACUACGCUGUAGGCCUGCGACCGGACUACCAUCGCGCCGUGAUUGACACUGUCACUUUCUACGGAUGGAAGAACGUCAUUUACAUCUACGAUUCUCAUGAUGGUUUACUUCGUCUGCAACACUUGUACCAGAGCCUGCAGCCGGGCAACGCUACGUUCCGCAUUUCUAAUGUAAAGCGCGUCACCAAUGCAACUGAUGUGGUUGCGUUCCUCGCAGCUAUCGAGCGCAUGGAUCGCUGGAGCAACAAAUACGUAAUACUAGACUCGAAAACGCAGCUGGCGAAAGAAGCGCUAAUUUUGCACGUACGCGAUGUUCAACUCGGCCGCAGAAACUACCAUUACUUCUUAAGCGGCCUGGUGAUGGACGAUCGUUGGGAGAAAGAGGUCACCGAAUUCGGCGCCAUUAACAUAACUGGAUUUCGAGUACUGGAUUUCUCCCGAAAACUUGUAAGGGAUUUCAUUGUGAAUUGGAAGAAAGAUUCUAUUUCGGCUCAAGCCGCCAUGAUGUACGACGCAGGGCUCGUCUUGGUUGAUUCUAUCUUGCGGCUACUUCGAAAGAAGCCCGACAUCCUACGUGGCUCCCAAUCCAGACGAAAUGCAAAUGCCAACGCGAGUGCCAUAGACUGCAAUCCUAAAGGCAAAAUCAUGCCUUAUGAACACGGCGACAAGAUAUCCAGGAUGAUUAAAAAGACGGAGCUAGAAGGAUUAUCAGGCGUCAUCAGGUUUAAUGAGGCAGGACACCGCAAAAACUUCUCCUUGCAAGUCAUGGAAAUGACCGUCGAUGGUGACAUGGUGAAGAUCGGAACGUGGUACGACAACCGAGGCUUUAUCCCAGUACGGGCGAAGCUGGCGCCGCUGGCUGUCCACGGUCUCUACAAUCGGAACAAAACCUACAUAGUGACCACUAUAGAGGAGCCCCCAUACAUUAUACGGAACAACCCAGGCAACCCCGAAUUUGCCUCUAACGACCCAUACAGGGGUUUCUGUGCGGACCUCACCAAAAUGUUAUCGGAUAAGUUGGAAAUCAAAUACGAGUUCCGGCUGGUCAAAGACGGUAAAUAUGGCAACGAGAAUCCAAAAGUAGUUGGCGGUUGGGAUGGAAUGAUCGGCGAACUAUUGCGAAAGGAAGCGGAUGUCGUCAUUGCGCCACUUACUGUAACACUAGAGAGAGAGACAGUUGUCGAUUUCAGUAAACCGUUCUUGUCUUUUGACGUUAAACAUUCCAAAAGCAUAUUUAAAGACGCUGCCACUAUAUUCAGCUUUCUGCACCCCCUCUCUAAGGAAAUAUGGCUAUGCAUCAUCUUCAGUAUUCUCGCAGUCACUGUGGUUUUGUUUCUGGUAUCAAAAUUUUCCCCGUAUGAGUGGAGGGCGGUAUCCUUUUCCGACUCACAGUCUGAACACAGUGAAGGGACGACGACAAAGACGACGGUAGUGAACGAAUUUAGUUUCUGGAACUCAAUGUGGUUUUCCCUGGGUUCUUUUAUGCAACAAGGCAGCGAAAUUACACCGAGAUCGGCAUCUGGCCGUAUUGUGGGCUCAGUGUGGUGGUUCUUUACAUUGGUCGUUAUAUCGUCGUACACCGCGAACCUCGCUUCAUAUUUGACGAUCACACGCAUACAAGAACCCAUCCCGCCGACAUUCACCAAAAUUACCGCCUGCCCAGAGGACACGUCUGAUGGCAAGAAGAGUCUCGAAUUUUCUGACAAUGACGUCACUGAUGAACACGGAUGGCUGGGAUUCCUCACUGACCGUUCUGCAGCUCAUGACCCACGCUCAGAGAAGCCCUGCGAGAUGUUGGUGACUAUUGCUAGUACUGGAAUGAAGGACUUUGCCGUGGCCGUGCCAAAAGGAUCAAAGUUGCGGGACGGCAUCAACUUAGCACUGCAAGCUCUAAAAAAUGAGGGUGAGAUGCAAAAGCUAAUGCGAAAAUGGUUCACAAAAUCCGACUGUAGCGCCAACGAGGAACCCCAAGGUUCAGAAUUGACACUUAGUCAGGUGGCAGGCUUGUUUUAUGUUUUGCUCGGAGGUCUUGCCCUGGCUCUAGUCGUGGCUCUGAUUGAAUUCUGCCAGCACGGACGUACAGAAGCUUCUCGCUCGAAUAUUCCACUGACUACGGCUCUACGAACACGCGCUCGCAUGGGUUCUACUAGCUCGAAUCGCGAACGCAAACCCCAGGGGCAACGCACACCACAGCGCGAACAUGACCGGCUCGGAUGGAAUGGCGGUGCUUUCACUGGCUACUACUCCCCGGCGAACCAGAUCGGUCAGGAAGAGACGGCGCUGCAUGCGACCUUCACCCAAGUUUGAUCCUCGGCCCGGGAGGCUGGCGCCAUUCGCCGUCCCUCCCACUCCAAGCAGGUGUCCACCUCUGUCGACCUCUACCAGCUGUAAACUGCAGCAGAGCUAGACAGCAGCAUCUUGCUUGUAACGAUCUGAUGAAAGUGUUCCGAUAAACAAAAACCCUGAAUAUAUUUCUUUAUUUACCCAAAUUGCAAUUUCUAAGUAAUUUAAUUUGAAUUCUUGCUUCUUUUUUAAACUAAUUUCUACCGACUAUAAGGCAAUUAUAGGGUUUUUGUUUAUCAAAGAUGAACCUUAUGUCAUCAACCAAUGAACAACUGAUAUUAAUCGACCGGCAUUACGUUCAUACGAGUACAGUAAUUUUUUGUCGUAAACUCAGCUCCUCGACUAUUCAAUCCUAUUUAGUAGUGCAAAUAAUGAUUGAUGUUUCUAGUGUGAGAGCGAUAUACCGUGAUGACAAUUCUAUUCACUUUUAAGGUGUAAGAUCAUAAUCAUAUCGGUACCAAGUGCCGAACAAUUUCAUAGUUUUAAGAUUGCUCUUCGAUUUGGACUCGCUUGCCAUUGUUCCCUGGUCAAAAAUUGUUUUCACCGCCCCAACAUCACCACACUUGUUUUGUACUAUGUAGACAAAUAUCAGGGUCUUAUGAUUACGUGUCUAGUAUGUAAAGAUUUUCGAUUAAGUGACAUAAUUUAAAGUGCUGUAACUAAAUUUAUGCCUGAUAGUUAGGUAAAGAUAAAUGUUAAUUAUGGUGGAGUUACCGUACAAAGUACACAGCGGUGCUCCUCCACCCUAUAAAAUUAAUGACCCAG